UUGUGGUUCCACUGGCCCUUCCUCCGCUGAGCUCCACAGACCACAGUCAACCAGCAGAUGAACAGCAGCAUCUCUCUGCACGGCUUCACAAACCAUUUACAGGAACGCAAGAUGAAGCUGUUGGUGUGGCUCAGUAUUCUCCUCUGCCUCUUUGCCUGCCAUCUCAGUGAGGCCAGAGUCAUCCCAGAAGGAGUGCCAUAUGAUGAAUCACCAGCUGUUCCCUACUGGCCCUACUCCACCUCUGACUUCUGGAACUACAUUGAAUACUUCAAAUCCAUCGGCGCCUACAACCACAUCAACGAGAUGGCCCGAGCCUUCUUCGCCCACCAGCACCUCGGAGACACCCUGGGAUAUGAGACCAAUGAGGGACAUGAACACUGAAAGGGAGUUAGGAGGGGAGCUGUUGAGAUAUCCUGAAUAAAUAAGGAAACAGAAAGAAAAGAUUGUGACGAAAUAAGGAAAUUAAUAUUGAAAUUAAAUGAGGUGAAGGGAAGACAUAGCAAGUAUAUCACUGUUUGUAGCGUAGCCAUACAUAUAGAAUACAAAUGUAGAGUAUGAAGCCCUUUUGUAGGAUUGUAUAAUAUCUUCAUGUAAUGUGCCACAAAUAAAUAAAAAAAAUUCCUAAUAUGUAA